ACACACACACACUCAUACCAACCAACCAACCAGCCAACCAGCCAGCCAAACAAGUACAUUUUGUGAAAACUGGAUCUACGUUGGUUGGAAGUAGCACGAUGCCAGAGCGGCUGGCUACAGCCGGAGUCGAUAUUCCAAAUUACAACAAAGACAAGAAGCGCCUUUUGAUGACUAAAAACAAUCAGCAAUAUGAUAUAACCGAUUUUAUCAGUCUGCACCCAGGAGGGGCCGAAAUUCUAUACAAACACCGUAACGAGGAUCUUGGCCGUUUAAUGACCGCCUCAGAAAACGGUUUUCACAGACAUUCUCAAGCUGCCUUCAGGAUACUGGAGAAUUAUAGAAUUAAUGAUUACCUUAAUGAAAAUGAUCAGUCGAUGUGUAAACGGAAUAAUUCCACUGAACAGAUUCAGAACACUGCCUUGGUUGACUGGGACAAGCCCAUGCUAGAGCAAGUCGAUCAGUUGGGUGACAAAUACUUUGACUGGGUACACCAACCAGAGGAACAUCACAUUAGGCUAUUUCACUCAGAUUUUUGUGAAUUUUUCUCAAUGGCCCCUUGGUGGUUAGUACCUGUCAUCUGGAUACCAGUUAUGUGCCUUGGAAUGUACCAAGCUUAUCAAAAUAUUAGCGUCCAUACAGAGAUUUUAGGAUUUCCAUUUCUACAAGAAGGUAUUGAGAUCAAAUCCCACCAUCUCCUAUUGCUGUACAUAGCAGGACUGUUUCAGUGGACCCUACUUGAAUAUUUGAUACACCGCUGGCUUUUUCACUUACGUCCUGUUAUUAAUUCACCGUUCUUCAUUCGAAUGCACUUCAUCUUACAUGGACAACAUCACAAGGCACCAUUGGACAAAACACGUUUAGUUUUCCCACCCAUCCCAGCAUCAGUAUUUGCUUUCUGUAUAUAUAACAUGUUGCUACUGAUCUACCCCGUGGCUGUGGCGCAAUCCUUGUUUUCUGGCACUGUGAUGGGCUAUUUGAUCUAUGAUUUGAUCCACUACUACCUACACCAUGGUUCUCCAGUCAUGGCUUACUUCAAAGAACUCAAGCAUUAUCAUAUGUUGCAUCAUUAUGUACACCAACACAAUGGUUUUGGUAUUUCCAGUAAAUUUUGGGAUUAUCCAUUUGGUACUCUGAUCUCUACAAAGGAUAACCAAUAACCCAUCUAGUAGUAAUAAAAUAUCAAACUAUUUAAUUAGUAAUAUAAAAUUGAUAGCGUUACAGAAUAAAUUACAAACAAAUAUAAAUAUAUUGGCAAGCAGUAAGAUCUACUGAAAGUAGUGAAGGUCUCUGCAUUGUUAAAAGUUAUUGAGUAUAAAUAGUUUAAAAGUGGAAUGUAUUGGUUUGCCGAGGAGAACGAAAAUCAUAACAUUGUCAGUAGAAGUCCUCACUGGACAAAUCUUGGAUGAAAAAUCCUGCCCAAAACAUUAAACUUCUUUUCUUAAUAGGAAACCAAUUUAUUCAGUUUACAAAUAUUUUAGUAGUGGGCAGUAUUUGCAGAAUGAAUAGUGAAAAAAAAUAAAGAAAAGAUUUACAGUAAAUCAAUAAUUUUAAUAUAUAUUUGUUUAAAGAAGAAAUAGAAAUGUAACCAAUUAGAGUUUGUUAUAUUGAUAAUUUAUUGGACAUUAUACAAAUGAUUUUGUUCAAAAUUAUACUAACAAUAUAGUAGAAAUCUUUAUACUAACAAUAUUAGAUAUGUUGAUGUAUUCUGACAAAAAUGACAGAAUGAUGAAUCAUGACUUCAAUGUCAUAUUGGUCAGAAUGGGAAUGUAUUCAGUAGUAGCAGAAAGAAUAGACAAGAAAUAUGAGCUACAAAAAAUUAUUAUUUUUUUAAUGUGAACAAUAUUAGACAUUAAAUAAACAAAUUUGAUACAGAGAAACAGGUUUAUUGACAGGAUUUUAAAUAUGUAUCUAUAGCUUAUCAGGAAACCAUGUUGCCAUUUAUACCACACUGAUCUUAUUCCUUCCAUCUCAAUAAACCACUUAAAUCUA